CAUCUUUGCAUGUGUCGUAAUCGUAUAUUCCCACGUACGGUACACUAACGCACGAGUUGAUUUCGAAAAGAAAACACAUGUGUACAAAACGAACCUUACGCUGAAGAACAUCACCAAUAUGCGACUAGGUAUUGAUGAAUCUUCUUUCGAAGAGGCCCAUGCUCCCAAAACAAAAAGAAGAAAAAUGACUAGUUACAAUCGUUCCACUCGUGGCAAUCCAGAAGGAAACAGCAUACUGCAGGAGGAUCCACCUAAGCUGUCAGCACCCCCAAACAGUGACAAUGACUCCCUCAACUCAUCAUUUGGCACAUUGGCUUCCCCGCCAAAGAAACGCAAGUUGUACAGGAACCAGCAUCAGUUGGCAAAGGCCACACAGAAAUACCACUCGAAGAAAGACACAAUGUACAGCGACACAGACCUUUCCACACUAGACCAGACCGAUACUCCAGAUUCACUCAGUAUGAUCAGUGCUAUCAAUCCAGUGUCAGAUAUGUCCAUGCAGACCACAUUCUCACGCAUGCAAAAACCUAUGGGACGACCUGAUGUGACGAUGGAAAGAGCUGUGCAACGCGCAAGAGGACAGCCUGAUGGGGCCGAGAAAUCUUUCCACAGAAUGGCUAGUAAAGGAGUACAGCGGUACCCGACCAUAGAGGAGGAGGUGAGGGAAUCAGCCGAGGGCGGAACAGACACCAGCACUCACUCAAAUCGCAGCGAGGGAGACUCCGGUAAACUGAUGCCACCUCCAGCUGCCUUACAUCCAAUGGAGCGGAAGAAAUCAAUACGGGUGAAGAUUUCCAGAGUUGCGAGCACUGCAGCAGGCAAGCUUAAAGGCCUAAAAGUAAAGAAAAACCUGAAUGACAGCCGGUCUGGUCUCAGUUCUGGGAAGAGGAGGCUGGAAGAAUCACAGGCAGUAGAAACAGAUGAAUCCAAGAAAACCAAAUUGAAGGAGCUGCCAUUUAAGGACAGAAGGAAAGUGAGGAAAAUGUUAAAAAACAAUUUCAGCAUGAUUCAGCGGUCUAAACAAAUCUGGGAUGAACUGAGAAGACAUGAUGUGAAGGAGAAGAGGAGGGCUGAGUUGUGUACAGAGCUUAUGAGUAUGGUCAAGGGCAACAUGAAAGAGCUUGCCUACGCCCACGACACAGCACGUGUGCUUCAGUGUUUAGUACAGUAUGGUACUCCAGACAAGAAAGAGGAAGUCUUCAGUGAACUAAAAGAUCAGAUGUGCAUGAUGGCCAAGUCAAAGUAUGCCAAAUUUAUUGUGAAGAAGUUUUUGGUAUAUGGGACAAAGACACAUAGAAACGCAGUAAUAAAAAGCUUCAAAGGCAGUGUGAGGAAACUAGUGCGCCACAAAGAAGCGUCCGAUGUCGUGGAGUUCGCCUACAACGAAUAUGCCAUCGCUUCACAAAGGUUAUCACUACUAGAGGAGUUUUAUGGACCCAGCUUUAUGCUCUUCAAGACUCCUGAUGUGAAGUCACUGGACCAGAUGUUACUUGUACAGCCAGACAAGCGUGACAUGAUACUUAGUAAUAUGAAGGAGGCCCUUCUCCCUCUCAUAGACAAGGAGGUGCUGAAACACACAAUGGUCCACAGAGUCUUCUUUGAGUUCUUCGUCUACGCAUCAGACAAGAUGAGGACAGACAUGGUGGAGUCCCUGAGAGACUGCGUAAUUCACAUGAUGCACACACGUGACGGGUCCAGAGUGGCGAUGUACUGCUUCUGGUACGGUACAGCCAAGGACCGCAAGGUGAUAAUAAAGAGCUUCAAGACACACGUGGUGAAGAUUUGUAAGGAGGAGCAUGGCCACAUGGUGAUGUUAGCCAUGAUUGAUGUGGUGGACGAUACCAAGAUAGUACAGAAGGCCAUUCUCGAGGAAAUGCUGAAGUCCCUGAAUGAAGUGGCCACAGACCAACAGGGUAGGAAGGUAUUACUGUACCUACUGAGCCCCAGGGACCCCCAUCACUUCCAUCCAGACAUUGUACGCGUGCUCCUUGAGGGCGACAAGAACCCACACAGUAAGAAAGAAAAGGCAGUACGACACAAAGAGUUGUUGGAGUUUGUGUCGCCCCAACUGCUCGCGUACAUUGUGGAAAACACACGCCAAAUGGUCCUAGACAACGCUUCCAUGCUCCUCCUCCUGGCUAUUCUCACCCAUGCUGUUGGUGAUCCAUCUGCAGCCAUGAAGGCAAUGGCCAAGAUUGCAGCUGAGCCAUUUGUGGCUGGAAGCUUGGACAACAUGCAUAUUGUGGAGCAUUCUGCAGGUCACAUGACGCUGAAAAGGCUGAUACAAAAUGACCGUGAUCGUAUCCAGGCAGGACACACAGUGCUAUUCUCCCAAGUGCUCCUAGAAACCCUGCCGGAAGGGUCUCUCAAGUCCUGGGCUGCAUGUAACAGGGGAUGCUUCAUGCUUAUAUUUCUGUUGGAGCUUGACCAUCCGGACAUUACGGACAGAGUGAUAACACAACUGACCGGCAUAAAAAAAGCACUGAAGAAAAUGACAUUUAAAGGGGCACAGAUUCUCCAACAGAAACUAGACGCUCUCAGUGGGGAAUACAAGCUCUGAAUGACUACAGAAAACAUGGCACUCGUUAGAGUGUACAAGUUGUGAAUAACUACAGAAGCACUGCACUCGCUGGAGAGUAAAAGUUGAGAAUGUGUUAAGACAACAGGAACAUGUUGUUAUCGUUCAGCUUCUGGAAACCCUCAGAUCAGAUUGACCACGUUAUGGAUUUAGUGUCUUUCCUUGCAAGUCUUGGCAAUAUCAUGGAUAAACACUUCACCGGCUGAAUUUAUUGAAUCUUUCUACAGCAGAUACAUACAAGACUGUAAAUUAUGUUGUGGAGGGUUAAGUUGUAUAUUUUCAGGCGGAACAUCGUUAAGACUUGGUAUAUCUGUUAGUUGUGCUGAACUCUAAGGUUUCAUAAUAAAGUAAUAAACGAAUGAGAAUAUUAAGCUAGCAUUAUUUUUGUGUAAAACUUGAAUAGCCAAGAGUGUCUUCCCAGCUUUAAUUAUGAGAGCUGAACACACGUGUAUAUCUGUACAAAGGUACUACUGAUCAUGUAAUAGAAUGAAACGAAAUGUUGAAAAUGUUGACAACGACUGCAUUGGGAUGUGCAAUUCCUUCUAUAGCUGUGUGUGUAUGUCUAGUGUCGGGGUUGGUAGUUCAUUUUACUGUGAAGGUAUCAAGUGUGGACACUGCUUGUUUUACAGCCUCUGAGACUUCUAAUAACUAAAUAGGGUACACAAAAGGGUUUUAGUAAGGGGUAGUUAUUCUGAUAGAGUGUGGCGGGGUCACCAACCUCCAAAGGACUUGUGAUUCGCAUCAUUCGUUAAUUAUUAGAGACAGUUCUGUUCUUCAAACAUGAAUAAUACAAAAACAUAAGUUGAAAAUCUGAUGAUCGAUUUGUUAAGGCCAUCCACAGUGUCUAUUUAUGUGCCAUCUUCAUCUAUUUUCACCAAAAUAUUUUUUACACUUGUACACAUCUUCAGAAAACACAGGAAACUGGCACUGGGUUUGAUAGUUUAAAUUUCAGCUUUUGAUAAAAUACAAUUUGUUUGUGAAAUGUUUGGAAAAAAUAAAUGCAUAUUCUUUAUCUUAAAUGAAAUUUCUUUUGGCAAAUUUCCCUUUGAAAAAGACUUGGCUGGUUCUAACACACUUUUUUCUAACCUAAACUUUUUUAAAGUUGGUGACAUUAUAUACAUGUAAAAUCACACUUCAAAAGUUUAGGGAUCGUGUUAGCACCAAGGAAAAUAUCUCAAGUAACACAGGAUGGGCUUACAAUGGGCUAUCUACAGUUCUAAUAACAAUAUUUAUACAUUUUAUGACAUGUCUUUGUUGCUUUAUGGUUUUAUGUUGAAAUAAAUGUUUUACUCUAAAAAAA